GCACUCUCUUACGUCGACGUCCACGAGAACAGAGCUGAUACAACAACACGCCUGAGCUCCACCAUCAAAUAUCUCGCUGCUUUCUGAACCAUGUCGCUGAGCCCAAAGCACACGACACCCUUUUCAGUGACAGAUAUUUUGAGCCCAAUUGAGGAGACCUACAAGAAGUUUAGUGGCAUGGAGAGCACCGGAAACCUCACAUCUCCAUUGGGAGCGUACCGGCAAUCUCAGGUGUCCCAGACUGGCAUGCAGCAACACUCUAUGGGCCACAACGCCACUGUGGCGACCACCUACCAUAUGCCACACUCCGUUUCCCAGUUCUCGCAUAGUGCAAUGGGGGGCUACUGCAAUGGCAGCAUGGGGGACCUACCCUCUUACCAAGAAACUAUGAGAAACAGCGCAGCAGCAACAGGGUGGUACGGCGCCAAUCCUGACCCUAGAUACUCCACAAUUUCUAGAUUCAUGGGACCUUCCACAGGUAUGAACAUGACAGGAAUGGGCACGCUGACAGGCAUGGCCGACACAUCUAAAUCCAUCCCACCUAUGCACGCCGCUCCAAGGAGGAAACGCCGGGUGCUCUUCUCUCAAGCACAAGUCUACGAGCUGGAAAGGAGAUUUAAGCAACAGAAAUACCUUUCAGCGCCAGAGAGGGAACACCUGGCAAGCAUGAUACAUCUAACCCCGACACAGGUCAAGAUCUGGUUUCAGAAUCACCGCUACAAGAUGAAACGGCAGGCCAAGGACAAAGCAGCGCAACAGCUUCAACAGGAGGGCAACCUGUGUCAACAGCAGCAGUCACCGAGGAGAGUGGCUGUCCCUGUCUUAGUGAAGGACGGCAAGCCUUGUCAAAACGGCUCCAACACACCGACGCCGAACCAGCAGCAAAUGCAACAGCAGCAGCAAAACGGUUCCGGUGUCGUACACCCAACCUCGAGUAAUUCUAUGAACCAGCACCAAAACCAGCAUGUCAAUGCACUGGUCCAGGCCCAAGACCUUGAGGAAUUGUCCCCCAGUCCCCCGUCACUUCACUCACAAAUGAACAACAUGGGCCAGAUAGACACUAAUGUAGAUUACACAAAUAACAUGGUCACAUCAAAUUUGCUUUAUGGCCGAACGUGGUAAGACAAACCACUUUUUUUCUUUCCUUUUUUUUUUUUUUUUUACAAACUUUAGUGUCCUCUGAGUAAAGAAAUGCGCGUGAGGGUGAGGCCAAAAUCAGACAGUGCUGCUUCACAUUUCAUGCAUCCAUGUGACGAUUUAAAAGCGGGUGAUCGGAUCAAAGGAACACGUUUUUGUGGAAAUGUGCCAAUUUCAAAAAAAAAAAAAAAAAAGAAAACAAAAAAGAAAGUUUUGUCGGCACAAUUUUCUACAAUGACCCUUCUGCUUAUUAUUGAUAAGAUAAUAAUCAUUUCUAGCCUUAUGCUGUAUGUUUUGGACUUCCCUUUGUUUUUCUAGUAGAAGGCUGUCUGUUGUUAAAAAUGCUGCUCUAUGGCAAUGACAGAAGAUGGGAAGCAAUGUUUCAUUUUUCAGGUAUGAACUUCAAGCAAGAACUGAAAAAGUUCCCCUAAAAAUAUCAAUGCCUGAACAUGCUAUGAAAAGUAAAUUGUAAACUAAUGUAUUCAUUUAGAGAAAUGAAAAGUAGGGUCUGUAUAGGCCUAUUUGGCUAACACUCAAUUUUCUGUUUACUUGUAAUAUAAAUGUUUAAGUCUUUUUUGUUGGUCAUUUAUUCAUUUUCUUAUUUUGGUAAUUUAAAACAGACACAAAGACGAUGGCUGCUGUAGAUGUUUCAAACCAAUUGAUCGUAAACAAUAAAUCAAUUAAAAUGCACGCCAUUGUUGGGGAAUACAUUUGUGUUCAGUAAUCU